AAAUGGAAGUCAUAUUUUAGUAAACACCACUAAACUUCCGGUCUUGCACGUGUUGCGUAUUUGUCAACAAUAAUUUCUUUAGUGACUCUGUAUAUGGUGCCACUCGUUAAUUAAUCGACAAGAUGGGACGAAAUAAAAGGGCCAAAUCAGUUCGGAAAACUAAGGCUCACCAGCAGUCUUUACAAGAAGAAGAAUAUACAAAGACUCCACAUUCCAUGGUUUUUCACCGUGGAGAUGUAGGAAAAGUUAUGGAAGAAUUAGUCAGGAAUCUAAGAAGUGUUAUGGAACCAUAUACAGCAUCUAAUCUAGAGGUUAGAAAAAAGAAUACAUUAAAAGACUUUCUUUCUGUGGCUGGUGCUUUAAAUGUUACACAUUUCAUGAUGUUUACAAAAAAUGACUUACACACUAAUCUAAGGAUUGUACGGACACCGAAAGGACCAACAAUGACGUUUCAAGUUCAUAAAUACUGUUUAACUAAAGACGUUUUAUCAUCUCUGAAGAAACCUGAUCUAGAUAAAACUGUGUAUAGACAUCAUCCGUUACUAGUGUUAAAUAAUUUUGGAGGUGAAGGAAUGCACAUGAAGCUAAUGUCUACCAUGUUUCAAAAUAUGUUUCCAUCUAUUAAUGUGAAUAAGGUUAAUUUAAACACAAUAAGAAGAUGUGUUUUAUUAAAUUAUGAUCCAGAAACUAAAAUGAUAGAAUUUAGACAUUAUACUGUAAGAGUGGUACCAGUUGGUUUAAGUCGUGGUGUUAAAAAAUUAAUGAAGUCAAAAGUGCCUGAUUUAGGAAAGUAUGCUGAUGUCAGUGAAUACCUAGCAAAGGGAGGUAAUUUAUCAGAAAGUGAAGCUGAGUUAGAUGGACCACACAAUGAAGUGACAUUACCACAAAAUGUAUUUGGAAGGGGUAAUAUUAAAUCUGCACAAAGUGCUAUUAGAUUAAAAGAAAUCGGUCCCAGAUUAACAUUACAGCUUAUAAUGAUAGAGGAAGGUUUCUGUGAUGGCAAAGUUUUAUUUCAUGAAUAUGUGAAGAAAACAGAAGCAGAAAUGAAACAAAUACGGAAAUUAAAGGAUCAGAAAAGAUCAUUAAAAGAAGCUAGAAGAAGACAACAAGAAUUGAAUGUGGUUAAAAAAGCUAAGUUAAAAGAAGAACAUAAAGAGAGAUCUCUUCAAGGAAUCAGAAAGUCGAAUCAGAUGAAAAAAGAAGCAGAAUCAUUACUUGGAGAUAUAGAUAAUACAAAGAGUGGUAAAGAUAUAGAAGAUGAUGAUGAUGUUGAUUAUUAUGAGAAGGAAGUGGGAAUUAAACCAGCACCUGAACUGUUUGCUGGAAUGAAAAGAAAAAGGAAAACAGAUUCAAAAGUGCUACCCAAGAGAUUCAAAAGAAGUCAAGACACCAAAAGUUAUGACAAGAAAUCACAAGAUAAAAAGGGAAAAAGAGAAAGACCCGGGCAAAAUCAGUCAAAAUUUAAAGUCAAAGCUAAAAUAAACAGACGACCAACAACAGUAUCAGGAGGAAAGAGAACAACUGUGUUUAGAAAGUCAAGGAAAAGAUAACUCAAUUCAGGAUCAAGACAUUGAGCUUUUGUUUUGAUGCUCAGUGAAGCAAGAAAUAAAAAAAUCUUUAGUAGUAAAAUGAGCUACCUGAGAUUAACUUUGCAAAGCUUUAUCUACUCUGGUUAAAAAGACAAAAAGUAGAUAAAUGAUAAAUAGAUGGAAAAUUGGUUGUAUAGUCACCAUUGAUCACAUUUAUAAUUAGAUAAUGUUAAUGAGAAGUCUAAUGAUUUCUAGUAAUUUCUGAUAAUAAAUGCCUGACUUUAAUUGCUUUGAAAACCCUUGUGGAUGCUGUAGAGACAGCUAGAAUAAACAUACAAACAUGA